AUGUCUACUUGUGAGCAACUGCAGACAACAUCCGUGAAUUUAGCAUUUCAGCUUACCGCAGCUUUGGAUUAUCUCCUUACGAAUGCUGUUCACGAUGAUGUUGACAUUGCAGCACUAGAAAAAGCCUGUGGUGUUGGAGUGAAUGUGACUGUUGAUGAAAUUGAAGACGCAGUUAGCGGCGUGAUUGAGAAAUACAAGAAGCAACUGGUAACUGAACGAUAUGCAUUCAAUGUUGGAAAGUUGCUGGGAGAAAUUCGCUCACUGUUACCGUGGGCUGAUGGGGGUUAUGUAAAGAGAGAAGUCGAUCUUCGUAUACUCGAACUCCUUGGUCCGAAAACCAUUGACGAACUCAUGCCCAAGAAAAAGAUAAAGAAAGAAGAGAAGCCACAAGAAAAGAAAGUCGCUGCUAAAAAAGAAUCUAAGGAAAACGGCAUUGCAGACCAACAUGGGAUAGUUGAAGAAAGUGAUGGUGCGGCCACGAUUGAAGAGCUCAUGCGAACUCGAGCUCAUUUUCAUAAGGUAGGCGAAAAUUACACCACUGAUGGAUAUAUCACUACCCCGCACACGAAAGAGCUCUUGAAGAAACACCUUGAGGCCACUGGAGGAAAGGUG